GUCUGCAAAAUUUAGUCCGCAGAAAAACAUUCGCAGUGUGCGACGUUAUAAACAAUUAUUGCAUAACCAAAUAGUUAAUUAGUAAAACUAGUAAAAAUAAAAUAAGAGAAAAUGCCGAUUGAUUACGCAGCAUUUGCUUACGCGGUUUCUGUCGCCGGAGGUGGAGUACUCGGUUACAUCAAAUCAAAGUCAAUACCAUCAUUAGCAGCUGGUUUACUUUUCGGGACAAUAUUGGGCUACGGCGCUUAUCAAACAUCACAGGACCCACGUAAUUGCGCAGUUCUUUUGGGUUCAAGUGCCACUUUGGGUGGUAUGAUGGGCUAUCGCUAUUAUAGUACCGGUAAAAUUAUGCCCGCUGGUGUCAUUGCGGUUAUUAGCGCUGUUAUGUUUGUCAGGACGGUAGUAAAAACUUUAACAGCUCCACAGAAAACCGAAUAAAUAUCUCAUUUAAAUUUAAAUACUGCAUUUAAUUUAUAAUUUAAUAAAAAUUAAUGAUACUGUAUUUAAAAUUUUAUAUCGAACAAUAUAUUGAUAAAUAGGGUUUAAGGUUUAAUGUACUUUAAAUACUUGUUUGAAUAUUAAAAAAUAAUUUUCAAAUCUAAA